GGAAGGGGGGAGAGAAGGAAGCGGCGGCCCCGCGGCCGACGGGAGUGCGCUGAGAAUCGGGGUGGAGUGUUAAAAAGGGAGCGUGUCUAGCGAGACCCGUGGCCCCGAAGAAGGGAAGCGAGGCGACGCGAACCCCUACCCAACACCCAGAGGACGAGGGAGGAGGGCCGACGGCCGGAGCCGCUAGCAGCUGCUAGGCGCUUUUCGGUGACGCAACCUCCACGCGCAGACGCGCUGACGGGCCGCGGCCUCCACGUCUCAGGUUCCGCAAAGGCCUGUGGGAGCGACCCGGCAGAAGGAGGGCCAAGAUGGCGGAAGCGGCGGAGUCUCCAGGAGACCCGGGGACAGCAACGCCCAGGCCCCUGUUUGCAGGCCUUUCAGAUAUAUCUAUCUCACAAGACAUCCCUGUGGAAGGAGAAAUCACCAUUCCCAUGAGAUCUCGCAUUCGGGAAUUUGACAGCUCCACAUUGAAUGAAUCUGUUCAGAAUACCAUUAUGCGUGAUCUAAAAGCUGUUGGGAAAAAAUUCAUGCAUGUUUUGUACCCAAGGAAAAGCAAUACUCUUUUGAGAGAUUGGGAUUUAUGGGGCCCUUUGAUCCUUUGUGUGACGCUUGCAUUAAUGCUUCAGAGAGGCUCUGUGGAUAGCGAAAAAGAUGGAGGGCCCCAGUUUGCAGAAGUGUUUGUCAUUGUCUGGUUUGGUGCAGUUACCAUCACCCUCAACUCAAAACUUCUUGGAGGAAACAUAUCUUUUUUUCAGAGCCUCUGUGUGCUGGGUUACUGUAUACUUCCCCUGACGGUGGCAAUGCUGGUUUGCCGGCUGGUACUUUUGGCCGAGCCAGGACCAAUAAACUUCAUGGUCCGGCUUUUUGUGGUGAUCGUGAUGUUUGCCUGGUCUAUAGUAGCCUCUACAGCUUUCCUUGCUGAUAGCCAGCCUCCAAACCGCAAAGCCCUUGCUGUUUAUCCUGUUUUCUUGUUUUACUUUGUCAUCAGUUGGAUGAUUCUCACCUUCACCCCUCAGUAAAUCAGGAAAUGGAAAUUAAAAACCAAGGAAUUCAAAGCUCA